GUCCACGAACUAUAGAGGGAUUCGAGUCUAUAUGCUUGGCUCACCGACGAUGAUGAAGAAGAAGGCGAAAGAAGGGAAGAGUCUGUUUGGCUCUCCGACGUUCGUUGAUCUUGGAAACGGACGGCUCAGAUGCGUCGAGACUGGUCACGAGGUUUUAGCCGGAGACGUAGAAUCAUACGCUCGUAACAAACGGUGUCGUUUAGGACUCAUCGAUCACGCUUUGUCUCAGGGAAAGUCUCCUCUCAACAUGUUCUCGCAAUGCCCACUUUCUCGCUCGAAACUCGUGUGCAAGCUUACUGGGGAUACUGUGAACAAGAACGAGGAACAUAUCUGGAAACACGUGAAUGGCAGAAGAUUUCUUCACAAAUUAGAGCAAGUGGAAAGAGGAGCUGGAUCAAGUGGAAGGACUGAGAAAACACAAGUAACCAAACCAAGACACAAUCAGGAAGAUUCUGGUUCCGAGGAAUCCGACUUUUGGAUGCUUAAGUCAAGUUCUGAUUCAGAGUCAGAUGAAGAGACUGAUGAAGGAAACUGUAAAGCUUCUCAUUGUGAUGCCAAAGAAUCUGAAGAGCUCUCAGAAAGAACAAAGAGAAUGUCAAUAGAGAUUGGACCAAGUAGUUUUGCUUCUAGGAAGAAAAAGAGUAAGAAUGAUGAGUCGUCUUAAGAUGUUAUUGUGGACAAAAAAACAAAGAGCACAAUUUUGUUUGUAAAAAAAGAGCCUCUUUUGAAAAUUAUGCGAGAGCUAAAUUUCAAAACCAUUAA